AUGCUCCCACGUGCUACAUUUGCCGCAGGCCCAUACAACUCCGCAAGUGCCCGAACAUCGUUUACUCGUGUCGAUGUCGACAGCAUUCCGACCUUUGGAUCAUACCCUGCCCUUCCGAACUCAAACUUGGGACAGGCCUCGCUAGACACUACAGUGAACAACACUGAAGCAGUUGCACUGUCUGCCACAGACGGACCUACUACACCAGAAAAUAUCGUACCUCAGACACCUCAAGUGUCCCUGUCAUUUCUUCUCGUCUCUGGCCGAAGGCGGACUAUGUCGUUCGAUCCAGCGAUAACAAUUGGAAGGGUCAAAGAGCUGGUGUGGAAUGCAUGGCCUGCAGAUUGGCAAGAUGAAAGUCCGCAAGCCCCAUCGCAUUUGCGAAUUCUUUACCUAGGCAAGAUUCUGCAAGAUGAGGAUACUCUUACCCAUCUUUCAUUCCCAACUUCUACACCGUCAGAUUCGUCUUCCCUGCCUACAAUCGUUCAUCUUUCCAUUCGCCCCUCUAACAUCUCGACGGUUGACGACACUAUGAAGAAGAGACGCCUUAGCAAUGCAUUUUCUCGCAGGGGAACAGCACUAAGCAACGACGCGGAGAUCGUACGCGAAGGUGACGAUACCGUGGGAUCGGGAUGUUGUGGAUGCAUCAUUUGCUAA